AUGGCCGCCACACCCCCAAAAUACUGCAGCAUUGAAGAUUAUGGCAUCAUCGGGGAUAUGCACACCUGUGCUCUCGUGAGCAAGAAUGGUGGUCUUGACUUUAUGUGCUGGCCGGCGUUCGACUCCCCGUCCGUCUUCUGCCGCAUCUUGGACAAUAACAAGGGUGGCCAUUUCACUAUCCGCCCGGCAGGAGACAUCAAACCAAUGAGCAAACAACGAUAUCGAGCCUGUACAAACGUUUUAGAGACGAGAUGGAUCCAUGAGGAUGGGGUGAUCACACUAUCUGAUUACUUCCCUGUAUCAAGCAAAAAGCCAUCGCAUCCGGCGGAUUCCGCGUCGACCUGGUGCUCCUGUGAUACGGCUGCCGAUGGUACUGAGGGGGAGGGAUGUCGAUCGGGAGUGGUGAGGAAGGUUGAAUGCGUCCGUGGCCAAAUGGAUAUGAUAGUCGAAGUAUUUCCUGCGUUCAAUUAUGCGCUUGAGCAGCAUACCGGUCGAUGGGUAACUCGUGGUGAGUCCGGCAAUCGGGUGAAUGCGUAUCUAUUCGAAAGUGCUACGCAGAGCCUGCAGCUCAGUGUCCUUACUAGCCCCGAUUCAUCUGCUGAAGGUUCGGGUGAGACCCCGAAAAUCUCAUUUGAGACCCAGGACAGACCAGGAAUGAAAGGACCGGGUGUCUUUAUGAAAAUGACAGUGCUGGAAGGGCAAUCUGCGACGUUUGUGCUACAUGACAGAGAAAAGGCUCUUCCGGGCGCUAAUGCUCUAGAAUCCUAUUUAUACACGAUAGAGCACGAUACUGCCGAAUUUUGGGCUGCAUGGAUCAACCAGUGCACCUUCCGAGGUCACUACCGUGAGCAAGUGGAAAGAAGUCUGCUGAUACUCAAACUGCUCACGUACAAGCCUACUGGUGCUAUUGUUGCAUCCCCGACCUUUUCCCUCCCAGAGAGCAUCGGUGGAUCACGGAACUGGGACUACCGGUACUCUUGGGUGCGUGAUGCUGCGUUUGUCGUCUAUGUUUUCCUCAAGAAUGGAUACCCCAAAGAGGCAGAGUCAUAUAUCAAUUUCAUCUUUGACCGUGUUUUUCCACCGGCAAACGGCGAACACCAGACUAACAGACCAUUUCUUCCAAUCAUGGUGACGAUCCAUGGGGAGCACGAGAUCCCCGAGUCGGAGCUGGAUCACUUGGAGGGAUACAUGGGUAGUAAGCCGGUACGAAUCGGGAACGGAGCUGCCAGCCACACCCAGUUAGACAUAUUUGGAGAACUCAUGGAUAGCGUCUACCUUUACCAUAAGCAUGGCCGUCCCAUUUCCUAUGACCAAUGGCUCGCGGUAAGGCGGAUGACUAGCCACGUGAUGGAUGUGCUUCAUGAAACGGACAGAUCAAUCUGGGAGGUAAGAGGGAGGCCGCAGAACUUCGUAUAUUCAAAGAUAAUGCUUUGGGUUGCAUUGGAUCGAGCCCUGCGAUUGGCGGAAAAACGGUCGAAUUUACCAUGUCCGGAUCGGAUCGAGUGGCUACGUGCCCGAGAUGAUCUCUACGAUGAGAUAAUGACGAAGGGAUACAACUUCAAAGACAACUAUUUCUGCAUGAGUUACGAAAGUCCGGAUAUCUUGGAUGCAGCUGUUCUGAUUGCCCCACUUGUCUUCUUCAUUGCCCCUAAUGAUCCUAGGUUCCUGAAUACACUGAAGAGAGUCAUGCUACCCCAAGCUAAGGGAGGACUGUUGAUGGCGAACAUGGUCUCUCGAUACGAUCAUACCAAGGUUGAUGAUGGCGUCGGAGGUCGUGAGGGCGCUUUCGUGAUGGUGACCUUUUGGCUAGUCGAAGCUAUGAUGCGUGCCUCGAAAGCAAUGUCCUACAAUGUCGAUGAUCCGUUCUACCGGCAGCUGCGAAAGUUGGCGAUCACACAUUUUGACAAUAUGCUUUCGUUCGCGAACCACCUGGGAAUGUUCUCGGAGGAGGUGGCCAUCUCUGGCGAGCAGAUAGGUAACACUCCGCAAGCGUUUAGCCAUCUGGCUUGUAUUAGUGCAGCAAUGAACCUAGGUGGAGGGGAUUGAGGUGCUUGUUUUAAAGCAAUUUGUGUAUAUCACCGGCGCCUUUUCUUUUGUAUGUAUGGCUACAAAUUAUGUAAAUAUGUCAUUAUCAUUAGUAUUCAAGAUGUAACAUGAGCUCAUAUAGCUCAAACUAAUGGACUAAGACGAGU